GGCGGGAGCCUUGCAUUUUGCAGCGCCGGGCUCCGAGGGGGCGGGGGCCGGAGGAAGCGGAAAGCCGCGCGGAGUCGCCGGGGACCGUGGUGAACCAUGUUGAGCCCUGCCAACGGGGAGCAGAUCCACCUGGUGAACUACGUGGAGGACUACCUGGACUCCAUCGAGUCUCUGCCUUUUGAUCUGCAGAGAAACGUCUCUCUGAUGCGGGAGAUCGACGCGAAAUACCAAGAGAUCCUGAAGGAACUGGAUGAGUACUACGAGAGGUUCAAGCGGGAGGCGGACGGCGCCCAGAAGCGGAGAGCGCUGCACUGCAUCCAGCGGGCGCUGAUCCGCAGUCAGGAGCUGGGCGACGAGAAGAUCCAGCUCGUGAGUCAGAUGGUGGAGCUGGUGGAGAACCGGGCCCGGCAGGUGGACAGCCACGUGGAGCUGCUGGAGGCCCACCAGGAGGCCGCUGACGCCACGGGCCACAGCAAAGCCGGCCAGGACAAGUCCAAAAACGAGGCGAUCGCGCAGGCGGAGAAGCCCAACAACAAGAGGUCCCGGCGGCAGCGCAACAACGAGAACCGGGAGAACGCGGCUAAUAAUCACGACCACGAUGACGUCACCUCGGGGACGCCCAAGGAGAAGAAGGCCAAGGCCUCCAAGAAGAAGAAGCGCUCCAAGGCCAAAGCGGAGAGGGAGGCGUCGCCCGCCGACCUGCCCAUCGACCCGAACGAGCCCACGUACUGUCUCUGCAACCAGGUCUCCUACGGGGAGAUGAUCGGCUGCGACAACGACGAGUGCCCCAUCGAGUGGUUCCACUUCUCCUGCGUGGGGCUGAGCCACAAGCCCAAGGGCAAGUGGUACUGCCCCAAGUGCCGGGGCGAGAGCGAGAAGACCAUGGACAAGGCCCUGGAGAAGUCCAAACGGGAGCGGGCCUACAACAGGUAGUGGCGGGCCUGCUGGACCCAGGCGGCCGCAAGCCGCGUAUUUAUUGCGUCGCCACCGGGCGGGCGGGCGCAGGGAUGCACCUGUGGACGGAGGAGGCGCUGUCCUCUGUCGGGCGCCGGGCGUCUCUGCUGUCCGGAGGUGCACACGUGUAACAGGAAGGUGGUCUAUGGAUCAGCGUUUGAGAAACUGCAAAUAUAGGUUUGAAUGAAACACCCAAGUCAGUCUCUGAUUUUUUUGUCGUUGGGGGUUGGGGCGUCUUGGCAGCAACCUCACGCGUUAGAUGUGGGAAGAAGAGAGUCCAUCUCGCCACUGUUCUAUCUGAAUAAAAAUGUGACUACUUCAUGAACACAUUCUUUUAAAAAAGUUAGCCAAGUUGAUAAAAACAUGGCCUGUGGCCUGUUCGUUCCCGCUGUAAUAGUGUAUAUCCAUGGAACAAUUCAAUAGACAAGUUUUAACGCUUGAAAAUUGUUUUUGGAAAACACCAAACAGUUAAUUUUACCAGACAAACAUUUUAUAUCCUGGCCCAUUCCCCAGAUGGCCAUUUUUAAAUGACUGCGAACGUUUGUUUCUGAACCAAACCGGAGAGGUCCAGCUUCAGAGCACGCUUUUGCUAUCACAAAUACCCGGGUAGCUAUCUCUAACUUACAGGAAUUGUACCGAUGAGGGUUUUCAAGUGGACCUGGCACUUCCUGUAUUGUGAUCAGAAGUGCAACCAGAUGCCACCACAUGCAGGAGACCGCUGCAGACAUGACGUGAGGAAAUAAAUGCGACUUGGCCAGUUUGUUCAUCUACCAGUAUCUUUAAUCUUGACAUAAGUACGUGUUACAUUUUUGUCUUAAAAACGUGUACACCAGCAGACAAAGCCUUAAGAAAAUUUUGUAUUAUUGUUCUCACGUAAUCAAGUAGAAGUUGCCCUAACUGCCAGGAGAAAAAUAAGGGUUAAAAUAGGAGCGUAUGUUUAGACCAGGAGUUGGGAAAUGACUGCCCACAGACCAAAUGCCGCCCACCACCUGCUCUUGUAUGGUGUGUGCGCCGAGGAUGAUCUUC